AGUCUGUUGAUCGUCGCUUACGGACUUGGACCGUGCCACCACCACAUCGAUCGCACUGCACUGCAGCUUUUGUUUGUGCCCGUUUUUUUUGCAGUUGUUGUAUAUUUAGCUCAAUGUUUUAAUUGACGCGUAACGGAUGCAAAGCGAACUCCAGCGGAAUCCCCAGCACUAGCAGCACCAACAUGACGGAUAAAGAAAAUGAAAUACUGCCAGCCGCUGAGCCCAGUGAGACAAGUGCCCCAGCCGCGGCUCCUGUAGUCCAAGCUGCCCCCACAACCCCACCCCCAACCGAGUCUACCCCGAGCGAUGCUCCGCUCGAGGUCCCUGCCAUUGAGGCACAGGCUGAAACUGCGGCAGCACCCACGGACGCAGAGCCAGUGUCCGAGUCCAAGGCUGAGACCAAUGGCAAGGCGCUGGUGGAGGCCAAGAAGUUGCCCGAAAGCGAAACCCAGCCGGAGAAGAAUGGCAAGGAAUGGAAGGAGGACAACGACUUCAGCAAUGUUGCCGAGGCCGAAGGACAGGUGAAGAAACUUCCGUACCCCAAAUCCGUGUUCUUCAUCAUCAGCAACGAGUUUUGUGAGCGCUUCAACUACUACGGAAUGCGAACUGUGCUGGUGCUGUACCUGAGCCGUCAGCUGGGAUAUGCGGAGGACACGGCCACAGUGGUCUUCCACGUAUUCACCAUGUUCGUGUACUUCCUGUGCGUGUUCGGAGCCAUCAUCUCGGACUCAUGGCUGGGCAAGUUUAAGACGAUACUGUACCUGUCGAUGGUGUACAUCUGUGGAUCGGUGCUGCUGACCCUGGGCGCCAUCGGGCCGCUCAACCUGCCCGUGGAGACGUUUACGAUGCUCGGACUGGCACUGAUUGCGCUGGGCUCGGGCGGAAUAAAGCCGUGCGUGUCGGCCUUCGGGGGGGACCAGUUCAAGGUGCCAGAGCAGGUCAAGCAGAUUACCUCGUUCUUCUCUCUGUUCUACUUUUCGAUCAACGCUGGCUCGCUGAUCUCGACGACGGUGACCCCGAUCCUGCGCGAAGAUGUCUCCUGCUUCGACGACAUCAACUGCUAUCCACUGGCCUUCGGCGUGCCCGCCAUCCUCAUGAUCGUCUCGGUUGUGAUCUUCGUCCUGGGCCGCUCCCUCUACAAGAUGAAGCCCCCGGCGGGCAACAUGGUGGUUCUGGUUUCCAGCACCAUCUGGACGGCCAUCACCACCAAGUGCAAGGAGAAGAAGACCAACCCAAGGGAACACUGGCUGGACUACGCGGACAAGAAGUACGAGCGCCAUCUGAUCGACGACGUCAAGGUGCUAAUGCGGGUCCUCUUCCUGUACAUACCGCUGCCCAUCUUCUGGGCACUGUUCGACCAGCAGGGCUCACGCUGGACCUUCCAGGCCACGCGCAUGGACGGCGACAUGGGCUCCUGGGACAUCAAGCCCGACCAGCUGCAGGUGCUGAACCCGCUGCUCAUCCUGGUCUUCAUACCCCUCUACGACGUGGCCUUCUAUCCGGCCCUGAGCCUCGUGGGCAUCCGGCGACCGCUGCAGAAGCUGACAAUGGGCGGCAUCCUUGCCGGCAUCGCCUUCAUCAUAUCCGGCGUUGUGGAGCUCAAUCUGGAGAAAACCUAUCCCGACCUACCCUACAGCCAGAACAUCCAGCUGCGCGUCUUUAACACCGAAAACUGUGCCUUGAGUUUCACCAGCAACCUGGCUGGAGCCGAGAGUUUUGAGGUGCCCGCUCUGGGAGCGUACACGAACAAGGACCUGUAUGUGGAAGGCACCUGGAAUUUCGACUACAGUAUCAGCAGCACGGACCCCAACUGCCAGGACCCAUUUGACACAGAAAUUAAACAGCUGGCUGAAAAGAAGGCCUGGUCGUUGUUCAUCAACUCGCAAAAUGAUACCCAGAAAAUCUACUGGGAGGAGGACUUCGUGGACAAGCCCUCCGAGAGCCAUCCGCUGGUACGGACCAUAGCCAAUGUGCCGUCUCAGAGCACGAUCGUCUGGAAGAACGCCAACAGUGGUGAUGUGGCCUACCAGCAGUACGCCAACGAGACGCUGCUCACACGGGUCUAUUCCGCCAGCUACGCCGUGUCCAUCGAUGAUAACCACUUGGGCUUCGUCGAAGUCCACGCCGGAGGAGUGUACACGCUGCUUGUCAGACAGACCGGCGCCAAUUCGUACGAUUACGAACUGAUCGUGAUCACGGAAGCCAACUCGAUGAACAUCCUCUGGCUGAUACCACAGUACGUGGUAAUGACCCUCGGCGAGGUGAUGUUCUCCGUCACCGGACUGGAGUUCUCGUACGCCCAGGCUCCGCCCAGCAUGAAGUCCGUGCUGCAGGCCUGCUGGCUGCUGACCGUCGCCUUUGGCAACGUCAUUGUGGUGAUCAUAGCCGAGGCGGCGCUGUUCGAUUCACAGGCCAGCGAGUUCUUCCUGUUCGCAGGCCUCAUGUUCGGGGACAUGUUGAUCUUCAUGGUGAUGGCCUACUACUACCAGCCGAACAACCCUAACAAGGACGACGAAGUUCAGCCACUGACUGGCAAUGCCAAGACCGAGAUUCCGCCCCUCGAGGAUGGUGUCGAGAACAAGGGCAAGGACAUCAGCGAGUAGGCUCUCCUGCUGCUCCUGUGUUGUGUAUUAUAUAUGUAUAUGUGUAUAUGUCAAUCCCUACGAUUACGAUGCGAUCCAUAUAGCCUGUGUCCAUUUCCAAUCUAAGUGUAAGUGAAGCUCUGUCGGGCUGUUGUUGCAUAUGAGAAGACAUUCAUUUAGUUAAUCUAAUAAAAAGAAAACUGUUAGUAAG